AUGUUUGUCAAUAUAUUAGUGAUUAACCCAAACUCCUCCCAAAAGGUGUCCGAUAACUUAAAAGAUAUCCUUGUUGCUCCACCACUUACAAAGUUUGAAUUUUACACUGCUCCAUCUCAUGGACCAGAGGAAAUAACUCCUGAUUUAUCAACAAUUUCAGGAGAAAUUGCCCUUGAAGAUAUUUUACAAAGAGAUCUUAUUUCGAAAUAUGAUGGGUUUUUGAUUUGUUGUUAUUCCGAUCAUCCAUUGGUUCACUCCUUAGCAAAACAUACCAAAAAGCCAAUCAUGGGGAUCAUGCAAGCCACUUUACUCUACGCACUUCUGAGUGCAUCUAAACUGUUCAUUUUAACUAGUGUAAAUGAAUGGGAACCUGUUCUUGACAAGGGAAUUAUAGAUUUUGUAGGCUCUGAUACUUUCCCUAGUAAGAGAUUUGCAAAGACAAAAGGGUUGGACGUUACUGUAUUGGGUUUAAGUGAUCCAAAGGAGUAUGCAAAGAUAGAAAAUAGAGUAAUUCAAGUACUUGAAGAAUACAAAGAUAGUAAUAUCGAUUGUGUUUUGCUUGGUUGUGCAGGAAUGGCAGGCUUAGAUGAUAAAUUGGCUGCAAGUUUCCCCCAUAUUAAAUUUAUCGACAGUGUUAAAGUUGGAGUUGAGUUGUUAGGUGCUUUAAUUCGGUUUCAAAAGUAA